AUAGCAUCCUCCGCAUCCUACGCAUCCUACGAAUACUCUACCACCGCCUUCAGAGACUGUGACAUCUGCCAGCCCUGCUGCUCUCCUUUGCGAAUCCUACACUACGACCACGAAAGACCGGGAAAACAAUGCGGCAUGUUUAAGACAUUCCAGACAACGUCGAGAAGCUUUGGCAGCCCCACCAGCGUUUCGAGGAAUCGACUGGACGAGAAGGGUCAGUCAAGGUCUACACCAUAGAGCUCCAGGCUCUCGUUCCUUCGAACAAAUCUCGCACAGCACUGCUUUGCCCUGUCAUUCCAAGCCAACAUGAAUAUCAAUCGUCUGCUGAGUCGCCGAGAGAAAGAUGGAGAGUCCCACAGGCGGCAGAAAUCCCGGGACAAGUCACCAGAGAAAUCAACAGAGAAGAAGACUCGACCAUUAUCAAGUGAAGGAAUAAUUACACUGUUCAAGUCCGAUCCGCAGAAGAAGCUUAACAAAGAGCAAGAUGCCAAGAUACAAACGAUCAGGCAGGCAUUGCAGGAUCGUGGAUUCACCGGCAUAGAUGACGGACAAAUAAGCUAUGCUCUCCUGUCAAAGCAUGCCGACGGGGACGUCGAUAAAGCCCUGGAGAUGAUCCUAUUAUUUCAAGAAUCUGUGGACGGGGUGAUCAAGCCGUAUGAUCCAACAAUAAAUAUGAGAGGCGCAGAAAAUCGUCAAGGUGUUACGUGUUAUCUGGACGCCCUUCUGUUUGCAAUGUUCGCACGGCUUGGAAGUUUUGAGCCCAUUCUUUAUACGAAGUUCGAGGACGAGCCAAGGAGACGUCUAUCAACGCUAAUACGACUCUGGGUCAACAUGCUGAGAACCGGGAAGUUGAUUCAGACCGACAUUACAGGGUAUUUACAAGAUGCUCUUGCGGCAUGUGGAUGGCAAGAUGCUGCAAAGCUUGAGCAACAGGACACAUCUGAAGCGUUCAGCUUCAUUACCGAAAAACUCGAACUGCCGCUUCUCACUUUGAAGAUGGAUAUAUAUCACACUGGAACGGAGGAUGAUACAGAUGACCAUAAGUUCAUUCAUGAACGCUUACUUGAGGUCGCUGUACCCCCAGAUCCUGGCAAUGGGCGUCCAAUACAACUAGAGGAUUGCCUCGAGAACUUCUUCAAUAACCGUGUCGAGGUUGUUCGAAGACUCGAGCGCUCCAAUACAAUGUCCUCGGCGCGAUCUGGUCACUCGCCCUCAAUCGAAAAGGGUGCUGCGCAGCACGUAGAAGUGUCAGAGAUACCCCGGCCUUCUCCUGGCACGCCAACAUCAGUUCCUGAACCUGGCACGCCACUUACGCCACUUACGCCGACAAGCCCGCACAGUCGUACUGCUAGUGUCAUAAGGCAUCGACUAAUACAUGAAGAGGAGAAUGGAGAGCCUUCAACUGACUCGGAUGAUUUGAGCGCCGAAACCCUGGUCCGAAAGGGCUCAAUACGGAAGGAAGUUUUAAUGCCUGCUUGGCAGUUCUUUAAUCUAAUACCUUGGUACACCAAAAACUCACCCGCGAAUGAUGAGGAGGUUGCGGCACACUUCUCAAAAACUCGACCGGUUCUAGGGAUCUGCCUGAAACGGUAUGCAAUGUCAGCUGAUGGCCGAGCUACCAGACAGAAUACUUUCAUUGACAUACCUUUGGAUAUUCGGUUACCACACUUCAUUGAGGAUGACAUGAUUCCCGAAGAAGGGCCUUUGAUGGGUAACUUCAAGCUUUCACUACAGUCCGUCAUUUGUCAUCGGGGGAACUCGCUUCAUUCUGGGCAUUACGUCUCUUUCGUCCGCGGAGCCGCAACGGUAGCCGAUGGAGAUUCUACCUCUACCCGAAGACUUAGCAGCAGCAGUCGCCCUCCACAAUAUCCAACCGACCGGUGGAUCAGACAUGAUGAUCUUGCCCAACCUGAUCGAGUACAGUAUGUGGAUAUCGAGCAGGCUUUGAAGGAUGAGAUGCCAUACCUUCUGUUCUAUCAAGUACAGCCUACGUAUGAAAUACCACUACCCCAGGGUACGGAUUGCCACCCACCUUCAUACGACUCCGGGAUCGACGUAAGAGUCUCCGAGUCCAGUCCAUUAAGAAGCGCCAAACCGGAUCAUAGCUACUUCCCCAGUAUCAGAGAUGAUUCCACGCCAACCUUUAGGCUUUCAGCCGAGAUAGAAAGGCCCAGGCACAGUAUUAACCUGCCGGAUGAGCGGCGCGGGAGCAUUGCAUACACAGACACCAGCGUCGGAAGUACAGCCAGCAGCUUUCGAGCACCGGAAGCCACAUCUACCCCAGCAACUCCAGUCGAGGAGACUACUGUACAAAGAAUCUCCAGAGCAGCCUCAAAGUUUGCGCCUGGUAGCAGAAGUAGGCCUGCGAGUUCCUCCGGUGAAAAUCGAAUCAGCUCGACAAUUUCUCGGAUAGCUAUGCGGAGUAAAGACCAACUGAAUAGAGGUGAGCCCAAAGCGGAGGCAAGAAGGGAGUUAGCGGGUACUACCGUCGUCACUACAAAUACCCCCACGAUACCUACGACUGAUUUUACAAGCGAACCUCGCGAUGCAAUUGUCACUGUGGUGGAAGAGGAGUCUACGCUUAAGCCUAGGGAACCGAUUCCGAUUCGAGCACGGAGUAAAUUGGGGAUAAGACGAGACAGAGACAAGAGCAAGGAACCCUCAGAUAAGCUAGAGAGGCUAGCAGAUGGUGUUGUUCAUCACCACCAAUUGCACAAGGGGAAGGGAAAAGAUGUCCCCGAUAGAGAAUGUAUAAUUAUGUAGAUCGGACGGAGUUAGCUUCGGGGUUGGGGGGGCGAGGGAAGGGAGGCGCAGCUUGGUAUAUUCUUCUGGGAUUGACAACGGGUUCUUUUAACACAGGCAUGAUCGAUAGAUGGCCGCCCAUCAGCACGGCGUUUAGGGGUAUUCUUCUCUUCCUUUUUUGAAUGGCAUUCUGGACAAGGUGGCGAUGGCGAAAAUAAAAAUGAGUAGGGGAGAUACUCAAAGGUCUGGGUUCCGUGAUAGAGAAGGGCAUAAAAAGUGCUAGCACUAUGCAUCAUGAAUAUACGUUUCGGAUGUUUUGAUGAAAAUUCCUUUAGCUUCUAGUCC